CUCUUUUAUCUAGAGUCAGUGGAGAUCAAACUGUUCAGAUCCAUCAUGGAUGAAAGUCAAACAUCUGGAGAUGAAAACUUUUUCCCAGGAUGCAGUUCAGUUCAUCAGAAGAGAUCAGAAGCAGAGCCCAGCUGUGUGUCUAUGAAGAGUGACGUGUCUAUGGAUCCACCAAUUAAGUUUAAGAGUGGAGAUACACAGCCUGAUCUCAGUCCAGUUCAGCAAAAGACAUCAGAACCAGAGUCCAGCUGUGUGUCUGUGAAGAGUGACGUGUCUAUGGUUUGUCAAGAACAAUUCAAGAGUGGAGAUACAUGGCCUGAUCUCAGUCAUGAAGUCCUCAACGCAUUUAGAUCAAAUCUGAAGAAGAAGUUUGAGCGUCUGUAUGAGGGAACAGCGACGCAGGGAAACCCAACACUGCUGAAUGAGAUCUACACAGAGCUCUACAUCACAGAGAGUGAGAGUGGAGAGAUCAGUAAUGAACAUGAGGUGAGACAGAUUGAGACACAAUCCAGGAGAACAGCAACAGAGGACACAGCCAUCAAAUGCAAUGACAUCUUUAGACCUUUACCUGGACAAGACAAAGCCAUCAGAACUGUGCUGACAAAGGGAGUCGCUGGCAUUGGAAAAACAGUCUCUGUGCAGAAGUUCAUCCUGGACUGGGCUGAAGGGAAAGAGAAUCAGGAUGUCCAGCUCAUAUUUCCACUUUCUUUCAGAGAAAUCAACCUGAUGAAGGACAAAACACUCAGUCUUUCAGAUCUUCUUCAUGUCUUCUUCCCUUUAGCUAAAGAAACUGAAAUAUCCAGUGACAAAUACAAAGUGUUGUUCAUCUUUGAUGGUCUGGAUGAGUGUCGUCUGUCUCUGGACUUUAAGAGUAAAGUGAAACUGUGUAAUAUAUCUAAAUCAGCCUCAGUGGACGUGCUGCUGAUGAACCUGAUUGUGGGGAAUCUGCUUCCCUCUGCUCUCAUCUGGAUCACCUCCAGACCAGCAGCAGCUGAUCUCGUCCCCUCUGAGUGUGUCCAUCGAGUGACAGAGGUACGAGGCUUUAAUGAUCCGCAGAAGGAGGAAUACUUCAGGAAGAGAAUCAGUGAUGAGAGUCUGGCUGACAGGAUCAUCUCACACCUGAAGUCAUCGAGGAGCCUCUACAUCAUGUGUCACAUCCCAGUGUUCUGCUGGAUCUCAGCCACUGUUCUAGAGAAGAUGUUGAGUCGAGCAGAGAGUGGAGAGAUUCCCAAGACUCUCACUCAAAUGUACACACACUUCCUGAUCCUUCAGACCAACAUCAAACAUGAGAAGGACUAUGAGAAGAAGGUGACAGAUGAACUCGUGAUCCGCAAACUGGGGAAACUGGCUUUCCAGCAGCUUAUGAAAGGAAACCUGAUCUUCUAUGAGGAAGACCUGAGAGAGUGUGGCAUUGAUGUGACAGAAGCAUCAGUGUACUCAGGAUUGUGCACUCAGAUCUUCAGAGAGGAGUUUGGCUUGUAUCAGGGGAAAGUCUUCAGCUUUGUUCAUCUGAGCAUUCAGGAACAUCUAGCAGCUCUAUAUGCACAUCUCUCCUGUACAAUCAAGAAGAAAAAUGUAGCUGGCCAACUUAAACAAAGUCUGUUAUCUAAGGUUUUAAAAAGGAAAAAAUGUAAUUCAUUAUCUGAGCUGCAUCAGAGAGCUGUGGAUGAGGCUUUACAGAGUAAGAAUGGACAUCUGGAUCUUUUCCUGCGUUUUCUUCUGGGUCUCUCACUGGAGUCCAAUCAGACUCUCUUACGAAAACUACUGACACAGACAGGAAGCUGCUCCUACAACAAAGAGGAAACAGUUGAGUACAUCAAACAGAAGAUCAGGGAGAAUCACUCUCCAGAGAAAUUCAUCAAUCUGUUUCACUGUCUGAAUGAACUGGGUGAUGAUUCACUGAUGCAGGAGAUCCAACGUUAUCUGAAAUCUGGAAAAAUAAGAAAACCAAACUCUCGUCUUCACAGUGGUCAGCUCUGGUUUAUGUGUUGCUGACAUCAGAGCAGAAGAUGGAUGUGUUUGAUCUGAAACAGUUUAUUGGAUCACAACAUACAGCAGAUGAAGUUCUUCAGUAUCUGUUACCUGUGGUUAAAGAAUCCAGAUCAGUUCGGCUUUGUGGGUGUAAUCUCACUGCUCAGUCCUGUGAAAGUUUGUCUUCAGCUCUUCAGUCAUCAAACUGUGUCCUGAGAGAGCUGGACCUGAGUAACAAUGACCUGCAGGAUUCAGGAGUGAAGCUUCUUUCUGAUGGACUAAAGAACUG